AUGGAUAAGAAGGAAAAUGAUGAAGCAGCAACACCCAUGAGUGUAUCACAAGUGAGGUCAAUCACUGUCUUUCCAUCUGCUAGUAAUCUAAUGCCCCCCUUUUCAAUCUUUGAUGGUUUACGUGUAUUGGAUCUGAGUGGAUGCCAUAGUUUAGAUGACCUUAGGGGUGUGGGACAGCUGUCGCAACUUAGGUACCUUUGUAUAAAAGAUAGAUUGCCCACUGUUGUUUGUAAGCUGAGAAGAUUGAUGUGCAUAUAUGGGUCCCGUCUGAAUCUUCCAGAAGGGCUUGGAGAUAUGACAUCCAUGCAAGUGUUGAAGGGCAUGCAAGCACGUACUGACAACGAUAUAAAAGAGUUGUUCGGCCUGACAAAAUUGAGGGAGCUCAAAAUCGACGUGCCUCAUUUGGGGUCGGAGUUGAUGGAAGCUUUUGUGGAGUAUCUAGGCAACGUGGAAAAUAUCCAUACUUUGGAAAUUUAUGGUUAUAUGGAAGUGCCAGCAUGGAUAAAAAGAAACCCGAUGCUUUACUCGGAUCUCUCUGAACUCAGCAUAAGUGUCAAGGAACUGCACCAGGAGGACAUGAAAAUGCUUGGAAGGUUGCCGGCUCUUUGUGUUUUCCAUUUGAACAGCGACAACACAGACCCACUCAUCACUAUCGAUGGUUUCCCCCUCGUGCUGCUCUUUAAGCUGCAUAUUUCUGCACCAGGACAAAUGAUGUUUCAGCCAGGAGCAUUGCCGAGAGCUAAACGCGUUGAAUUCGGAUCGGCUGUGCCGGUGGGCGAAGCUGACCGCAAUGCCGAUUUUGACUUCGGCCUGCGGUACCUUCCCACCCUUAAGAUAGCCCGCGUUGUAGCCAUCUGUUCAAAGGCCGACAAAGAGAAAACGGAGUCUCUUCUGAAUAAUUUCUCAAAUACGAUUCAGAUGAAAGUGAUCAGGAUGAAUGAAUCUGCAGGCUGGUGCCGUGACUCAGUGAAGACUGGCACUGCAACAACCUUGUCACCAAAUGCGAGACCAGCUCGUCCUUCAUAA